AUUAAUGACUAUGAAAAUGCAAAUGUGGGGAGCAGCAGUUGGGUAUGGACUUGAUGGUCGGCUCUUCAAGUGCUAGAUCCGUUGGAGGACGAACUGAGCAAGCUUUGAUAUGUGGCCCUGGAACAAAACUUGGUACCAAUGCUGCAUCCAUAUCCAGUGCGGGUGAUGCAGAUGGUGGAAGUUUCCAGAAUAUAGCUGGGAGUGGGGGUCCUUCCGGGCCCGUUGGGAACCCACCAGAUGGUUUGGCUGGAAGUGGUUUGUCUCCUAAGUUGGAUGGCAGCAUUCCAACACUUGUCCCAUAUGGCGAGAGUGACGAUGAGGUUGCUCUUCUGGAUGAUGAUAUCGCCUUCUGCCUGCGUGCAAUGUUUGCAUCACCAGGUGUGCCAAGCUGUGGCGUUGGAGAGCCAGGUCCAAGUAGAGCAGCCUCUCCGGUUAGGAGAAUGUUUGCAACGGACGAAGAGUAUGCUCGAGAGUUGGCAAAGAAGCUGGAAAACAAAGAGAUCGAAGCAAAUGAUGUAAUCGGAGGAUCCACUCGCGGUGGCUGCUCAGAAAGAACAUCAGGAGCGGGCCGGAUGUGGUAACGAAGCAGGCAUCGCAGCUCAGCCACGAAUGGUUAUGGUUGACGACAUGAGGACACUUAACCCAAUAAGGAUUGCAGCUGAUCACGUGGCGACUGAUGGUAAUCGCAACGGGGGGCGGAAGAGAGCUGGUGGUCAUGAGGAUGCUCCUAGGCGUAAGAAGGUCAGGUUCUUGUCUGAAAUUGUCUCGCAGCCAGAGCCAGUGAUGAUCACACAUGACCCAACACCGGUGGAAGAGCGUGUGGCACAUGAUGACCAGGCUGUCCCAGAAAUAAAUGAGAACAUCUCUGGGGCUGUUGGUGUGGCGUCUGGUAGUGAAGUGUUCCCCCCCGGAUUUGGUCCUCUGCGACGGAUUUCUAAACAGGACAAGGGGAAAGAGGCGGUUGUUCUGGAGGAUCCCGUUAUUGAAGCGAUACGCAGAGCGAUGGCAGGAGGUGGGCCGAUGAUAAGAGACGGUGGUCAAGGUGGGCCGAUGAUACGAAACGGUGGGCAGCAUGCUGCACCUGAUGAUGAUGAUGUCCGAGUACCACCGCAUCUUGGGCAGUUCAUUAAGCCUAAGAAGGAGAUGAGGGAGAAGUACCCAGGCAAGCUAGGUCUGCAUCCAGAUGAGCCGAUUGGAUGUGAUGUCAUGGGGUUGUUCGACAAGAUGGACGGAUGCUCUACCAUGGAGUUUGCAAGGCCAUGGUACAUUCAUACCCACCCAUACACCACACAGAUGACUGGGACGCAGAUCCAGAUGUACUUUGACCGGGAUGGUGAUCCUGAGCGGAAGGAGGAGGCAAUCAUUUUUUGUGGAUUGCCAGAACGGUUUAGGAUGAUACCAGACUUCAGGCUCACGGCAGAAUUGUCUGAAGCCGAGCGGGCAUCAGACCUUGACUACGAGUAUAUUGCAACCAUGAUAACAGAGGAGCACACUGGAGUCAGGAUUGAAGCGUGCCAAGAAGUACUGCUGUUGUUGAAGCAGCACAAUAGCUGGGCUGUGUAUGCAGUUAACUUAGAGAAGAAAAAUUGCCUGGUGAUGGACCCAGUGGAGACACAAGAACUACCUAAUGAGGUGCAGGAUAAACACAAGAAAAACGGCACGAGGGUGAUUUCUAACCUGUGGCGUUGCAUACACGAGUGCAUUCCUGGGGUCCGUGUGUCGUCAGAAGGGUGGACACUGCACUUCAAGACGGGAGUGCAUGGUCACUGUGACAGGGAGGAAAGCUGGUUCUAUGCAAUGCACUGCCUCCGUGACUACAAUGGGGAGAGAGUUACCGCACUGACUGAGGGGCAGCUUGACUACAUGGCGAAAUCGCUGGUGUACAAGAUGGUGACGAUGAAGGAAAACAGGGCAAGGCUUCCAUUCUGCCUCCGGGCAACCACCGAAUAGGCAGAGAACGCUUGGGGGCGUGGGCAUUCAUUUUGCGUUACGAAGGAUUGACGAGAUGAAGACUGCUAGGCUUCUCUGAUCCUUCAAACCCAGGGAUCGGUGAUUUAAAUUCCCUGAGGUCUUAUUGUAAGAACAUAAUAGCGACUUAUUUAAGUUAGCGGGAGACUAGAGUGGUAUGUACCUGCAUUAACUUAGAGCUACCUGAGAAUGACUACUGGUUUAGCUAUGAGCAUUGCAGUAGUUUGAUUACGGCAGACGUGGGUGGCGCGUGCGACGCAUGGAUUUGAGUCGAGAAAUCUAUUAUGGGGUCAUGAAGAAAGUUAAAUUUCAAAAAUGAGUGAUAGAAGAAAAUCUAUUGUGGCGGGCAAAUGGUGUAGGUAAGUACGAUAUUAUUUUGGAUUCUAGUUGCGAAGGGACUGGUUUAAACAUGUUUAGGACACGAGGGAUUGAUUUUCGAACAAAUUUCUUGUCUGACAUUUGGGUUAUUGCUAGACGAAAGAUGAGGCGAGUUUCAUAGAAUGGUUCGCGGCGUGGUAACUUUGUGACCACAGAAAAUGAAUUAAAGGGACAGAUAGAAAAGAUUCAACUGUUCGAGGUGGAUUACUGGUUUGAGUAUGAUAUGGUGUUGCAUCUAGUAGGAGGAUGUUUGGCGAGGAGGGAUUAAUUCCAACUGAAUAAUGGUGUUAAGGUGGGGGUGGACUAAUGAAAACAGCAACCGAGUUGGAUUGAAACAAGGAAUGAAACGGUUGGGGAGUUUGUGACUACACGAUGAUCAUUGCUUUGAAAAGAAAGA